UUCAAAUCGCUCUUCCUAGCCCUCUUCCUUGUCCUCUUCCAGCUCCAUUUAUCCUUCUGACCAGCCUAUCAAGUGGUGUCAAAGAGUUCGUGCGUCGUUUCCCACCCUUGCACAGACUCGUGUAGCUAGCCAAUCAGAUGCGAGAUAUUACUCAGACGACCUCAUUGAUAUGUGUAGAACGGAAGGAAACGUGGUGAUGGCGUAAGUACUUGAAAGAAACAUGGUCGGGGGCUUGUCAUCUUUCUAGAUAAAGCUUGUUUAAACGACUACGAAACUUGUGGCUGUCAGGAGGGUUGCCUAGCUGCUAUCUGAUCUCCCCAUUUUCAUCAUCCACCUCAGAAUGGCGCUCCUCUCACCCCUCACACUCCUCCAAACCCUACUCCUCUUCACCUUCUCACCACCCACACUGUCCCAAAAAUCAUCCCCACCACCAUCUAUCACAGUCCCAAUAUUCCACCUCCCAGUAAUCCAACCCUCGGGCCCAAACUUCUCUGGCAACCGCACUUGGCACGGCUCCAUCAUCGCCGUCAAUGUAUCCGCAUCUCUCACUACAAUCGCCAUAACCUCAACCUACGAAGUCCAUAUUUCCCCCUAUUAUCAUGGGCAGAGUGCGAAGAGUACGUAUGCGCUUACCACCGGAACGCCGGAAACGAUUACGCAGGGAGUGCGGAGGUGGGAAAAGACGGUGAUGUUUGGGAAUGGGAGCGAUGUGGUUAGCUGCGGCUUGGAGGGUGUGACGGCGGCAGAGUGUACGACGAGAUAUUUCGGGGCUGUGAGUGGGACGGGGAGUGUUGACGCUGUUCAGACGGGGACGGAGAGGUGGAAUGCGAGUGCUUCGAGUGGAUGGGGUUGGGCGAAUGUGACGGUCACGGGAGGUGUGGAGAAAUUGGGGACUGCAGUGCCGGUGCAACCGAGUGGUAGUGGUAUGGGUGGAUGGGAGAGCCCGCUAGCGGCGAGAUGGCGGGUUUGGAUGCUGGGUUUGAGUGUUGUCGGGAGUUGCUUUAUGUGAAGGAGAAGAGAAAUUGGAAAGAAAACAGAGUUACGAGAUGGAUAUUGGAGGGAAAUUGAAGCUGCAACAGAUGGUCUUGAGAAGGUCGGAUUGGAAAGAGGUAUUGAGAAGAUAUGAUGAGAGAUAUGGUAGGCUGCGGCUUAUUAUGCCCGAGGAACGACAAGGGCUUUCAAGGACCCAGAGCUGAAAUACCAAAGUAUAGGUAAGCUUUGAUAAGAUUCGAGAAUACAUACAGCUAGGAUUUGACAAACGGGAUAAGAAGGGAGAAUUGACGACAGUACGAUAAAUGGAGUAGGGAAUGUACGUCUAAUAGGACUUUUCUAAACAAUAUGCCAAGGAUU